UCGCAUCAUGACUCUACAUACAUGUCAAGAUAUAUGUAUGCACCCACACAAUCCAAUUGCCGAGGAAAAUCAGACGACUGGCCCUGCUCGCUGCCUUUGUGGGUAUGGUUUGGUGUCAAUGUGAGGGGUUGUUCGGUUACUUGCUCGAGUCGUCCCAUGCGGAAACGUCUCCGCGUCGUGUCAACUCGAUCCCCACUGAAUGUUGGGCGUCGUCAUUCCCCAUCACAUGACAUAAAUAACCAACCAUCAAUCAUGCUCCAUCAAAGUCCGCGAUUGCUGGGCAGACACCUAUUGCGUCCUAGAUAUUAUCAAUGCCUCCUUCGCCCUCAAAUCCAAAGCCGCCAUUUGUCAGUUUCGCGGAGAAAAAGCAACUACGACUCUACAAUCAACAACCUCAAGAUCGGCUCCCACACACGCGUCAUCUUUCAAGGCUUCACCGGCAAACAAGCCACAGCUAACGCUCAAGAGUCGAUUGCAUGGGGCACUAAUAUCGUCGGAGGUGUCAAGCCCGGCGGCUCUGGUGAGCAUCUCGGGCUGCCGGUGCUGCCCUCUGUCAGGAAGGCUAUGGAAGAGUUGAAACCCCAUGCAACGGGAAUAUACGUCGCAGCACAUCAAGCGGCUGCAGCCAUUGAAGAGGCCAUCGAGGCCGAGGUACCGUUGAUUGUUGCAGUCGCUGAACAUAUCCCGUUGCAUGACAUUAUGAGGAUACAUUCCAUGCUGCAGUCACAAUCAAAAAGUAGACUGGUAGGUGCGAAUGCACCAGGAAUCAUUUCGGCCAUUGGUAGAUGUAGAAUCGGGUUUCAACCCCUUCCAACCUUUUCACCUGGUCACAUUGGUAUCGUCGCCAAGUCAGGCACGCUCUCUUAUGAAACCGUGGGCUCUUUAACAAGAGCUGGCUUAGGCCAAAGCUUGUGUAUAGGUAUGGGAGGAGAUGUGAUCGCAGGAACGAACCACGUAGAUGCCUUGAAGGUGUUUGAGACGGAUGAUGAUACAGAAGCCAUCAUCUUGGUUGGUGAACUGGGCGGGACGAGUGAAGAGGAGGCCGCAGAUUGGAUCAGAGACUACAGAAAGAGAGUCAAAAAUCCAAAACCCAUAGCAGCUGUUAUCGGCGGAUUUCAUGUGGCUCCAGAUAUAGUCAUGGGACACGCAGGCGCCUGGACUGGUCUCAAGGAAGGCACAGCAGAGUCCAAAUCCAAAGCAUUGGCAGAUGCUGGAGUAACAAUGGUGGAUCAUCCCGCGAAAUUUGGGAGCGUAAUGAAAGACAUUCUCAAGCAGUCCGGUCGAAACAUCAACAAGAUUGAACUAUCAGCAGCACAAGCUCAACAACGCCGCAGUUAUCACACCGCUUCGCGUUCUCUUCCCCAUAGAAGACCCUUGAACGCCUUCCAACAACAGCGUUCUCUCCAUCUCCCAGCCUCUCAUACAACCUCUCUCCUCCAAAAGUACAACAUCAACAUCACUCCAUCACAAACCCAAUCCCGCGAUUCCAAUCACUUCCUCGGAAUCACCGUUGCACGCUCCGCCCGCUCCCCCAGCAUAAUCGCCGCACCCACAACCCUCCAACUCCCCCACCGCGCUCGCCAUUUCCCCUUCGACUACCGCACCGGGCCAACCCCAUCCGCCAUCGACGCCGCCAUCUCCUGGCUCCAACUCGACGCGGCCCCUCCCAAAUCCAAAGCCCAAGCCGUCAAACUCAUCCACAGCCUCUGGCGCCUCUACACCGAGAACGAAGCCAUCACCGCUACACUGUCCCUCUCGAUCCCGGAAGACACAGAUGAUCUAGCCAUCCACGACCCAUACCUCUUCUUCGACGACGCAGCAUUCAAAUCCAAUGGACGCCACGCCGACCUCCACGCUCUCCGUGACAUGAGCAGCGUCUCGGCGACCGAACUCGAAGCCGAGAAAUCGGGAAUCGUCUACAUCCCUCUAACGACACCUCCACUUUCCCCGGAACCUCAUUCUCAACCCGGAGAAAAAGAAGAACAAGGGAAAUUAAUAGGAACGCUCGUCAACGGCGCUGGAUUAGCAAUGAACACGUUGGACGUCCUCACGCUCCGUCUCCCGCCUUCAACACCCCCGGCCAACUUUUUGGAUACAGGCGGCAAAGCUACCGCUGCUACUAUCUCGACUUCGUUUCGUUUGAUCCUGUCGGAUCCGCGCGUCGCCGUCGUUUUUGUGAAUAUCUUUGGCGGGUUGACGCUGUGCGAUAUGAUUGCCCAAGGCAUCAUUCUCGCGUUCAAAGACGUUGGGGUGAAAAAGCCGGUGGUUGUGAGGUUGAGGGGCACGAAUGAAGAGGCUGGGAGGGAGAUAUUGAGGAAUGCGGUGGGGUUGGAGGGGAAGAUUGUGGCGUGUGAAGAUUUCGAGGAGGCGGUUAGGGAGGUGGGGAGGUUGGCUCGGGAAGAGGGUAGUGAGUAA